UUUUUUGUCAAAUGCUCAGAUGCGUUUGUGCGUGUUGAAUGCGUGUGAAACAUUACCGGGUAGGAGGUUUUUCUAGACGAUUAGUGGUUUAAUAUUUCUGUUAUUAUAUGUUUAUUUUAAGCAUAAGAGAUUGUAGAGAUAAUUGGUAAUAUAAUGACAUUUUGUUUGUUGUGAAUUUUAGCUGAUAGUAAUUUUACAAUAGGGAGGUGACAGCGACAGUUUCUAGUUUUGUUUAUUAUUGUCUGCGUAUUUUGUGUGAUGACAAGUAGUGACAUAAACAAUGAAUACGAGACCACACUUACAGCCAUAUCUUAACAAUUCGCUUACCAUUAGGCAAGAAAUUCAGCGAUUCGAAAGUGUACAUCCGUCAAUUUAUGCGAUCUACGACUUGAUUGAACUUAUUCCUGAUCCUUUAGUUGCCCAACAAAUUCGGGACCAUGUUGUUUGCAUUGAAGACUCGUUCGUGAACAGCCAGGAGUGGACGCUGAGCCGCGCCGUGCCCGACCUGCGGCUCGGCAUCGUGGGCUCGCUGUCGUCGGGCAAGUCGGCGCUGGUGCACCGCUACCUCACCGGCUCCUACAUGCAGGAGGAGUCGCCCGAGGGCGGGCGCUUCAAGAAGGAGAUCCUGGUGGACGGCCACAGCUACCUGCUGCUCAUCCGCGACGAGGGCGGCCCGCCGGAGCUGCAGUUCACUGCUUGGGUCGAUGCAGUAAUAUUUGUGUUCAGCCUGGAGAAUGAAGCCAGCUUUAAUGCAAUCUACAACUAUUACACAAAGAUGGCGCAUUUCCGGAAUUCUGCGGAAAUACCGCUUAUCUUAGUUGGAACGCAAGAUGCCAUCAGUGAAAACAACCCACGAGUGAUAGAUGAUUCUCGAGCGCGAAAGCUCGCUGUGGAUCUGAAACGAUGUACCUAUUAUGAAACCUGUGCAACAUAUGGCCUUAACGUAGAGAGAGUGUUCCAGGAUGCGUGUCAGAAGAUAGUCCAGCAGAGGUUGUCCGACUCCCGCCCCUCGACCCCCAACAGCCACGGUGCGCCCGGCCCGCUGGGUCCCAGGCACCAGCACCAGAGCGCAGCGCCGUCGCCCACCAACAACGGCUUCACCAGCGGCUCCUCGCCGCUCACGUCGGGCGGCUCUCCCGCCGGCAACGCGCACAAGGAAGCGAUCAGUGUGUCUGCGGUGGGGCCGACCCGGCAGGUGCACACUCUGUCGUCCUGCCACCGCGCCCAGGACGAGAAGUGGCUCGGCAGCGCCACCACGCUGGACAACAACAACCCUGCGCCGGGCGCCAAGGACAAGGACAAGGACCUGCCCACGCCCAGCUCCACCCCCACCACCUCCAGGAAGAGCAGGAGAAGAUCGAACCUGUUCACGCCCUCGAAGAAGGGCGACGACCGGCUGAAGAACGGGGAGCUGGGCAGCGGGCGGGCCAUCCCGGUCAAGCAGGGCUACCUCUACAAGCGGAGCAGCAAGGCCCUCAACAAGGACUGGAAGAAGAAGUACGUGACCCUGUGCGACGACGGCCGCCUCACCUACCACCCCAGUCUGCACGACUACAUGGAUGAUGUCCAUGGGAAAGAAAUCUCUCUUCAGUAUGUCACAGUUAAAGUGCCUGGCCAAAAACCCAGAGGUUCAAAAUCAAUGAACACUGCGACAGCAACCAACAACGGUAUUAGUGAUGGAUUCUCGGGACUUGCCAUCACCAGCUACCAGAACAAAGAGAAGCGGUUCACGGAUAAAGUGCUGCUGACAGCCUUCGAGUUGCUCAAAGAGCCCGGGUCCAGAGUCAUCCAGCCCGCCAGUAACGAAGAUGCAGUGGUUAUCUCCAAUAGCUCCGUCUCCCAGGCACUGCUCAACGGCACCGAUGGGAAGAUAGAAACACCGAAUGUGAAGAAGAGGCACAGGCGCAUGAAAAGCAGUGGAAUGCGAAACCUGGAAUUUGACGAUACUGAUGGUUACGAGUUCUUUAUUGUCUCGUUGGACAAUAAGCAGUGGCAUUUUGAGGCAGGAAGCUCUGAAGAAAGAGAUGAGUGGGUUAUGGCAAUCGAACAGCAAAUCCUUAACUCUUUACAGGGCAACGAGAGCAGCAAGUCCAAGUCUCGGCUGAACAGUUGUGUCGACACGACGGCUAUCCAGUCGAUAAGGACUCGUGUUCCAGGGAACAGUCACUGUGUUGAUUGUGAUGCAGCGAACCCAGACUGGGCCAGCCUCAAUCUUGGGGUGCUCAUGUGUAUAGAAUGCUCAGGAAUACACAGGAACCUCGGCUCCCACAUAUCCCGAGUUCGCUCUUUAGACCUCGACGAAUGGCCGCCCGGCCACCUGAGCGUGAUGACGGCGCUGGGGAACGCGCUGGCGAACAGCGUGUGGGAGGCGAGCACGCGCAACAGGACCAAGCCCGCGCCCAGCGCCAGCCGGGAGGAGAAGGAGCGGUGGAUACGCAGCAAGUACGAGAGCAAGGAGUUCCUGGCCGCGGCCAGCCAGGGAGUGCCGCUGGGCCAGCAGCUCAUCGACGCUGUGUGCAGGUCGGACACGAAGCUGGUGGUGACCGUGCUGGCACACGCCACUGCGGAGCACGUCAACGCCCGCGUCAGCUCGCGCGACUUGCGCACGCCCUUGCACCUGGCGUGUGCGACUGGCAACUUGGCCAUGGCACAGCUGCUCAUGUGGCACGGCGCGGACGCGAGGGCGGUGGACCACGAGGGCCGCACGUGCCUGGCGUACGCGCGCGCCGCGGCCGGCCUCGCCCUGGCCAGGGGCGGGGGAGGGGGCGGGGAGGCGGGCGUGCUGGCCGAGCUGCUGCAGGCGCACGGCUGCGCGGAGGCCUCGAGCGGCACGCUGCCGCGCCGGCGCCUCGACAAGCUGCCCUCCAGCGUCAUCUGAGCCACCGCCAGCCGCGGAGUCUCCUUUCUUACUCUGGACUUCCUGUGCUAUCAAAUAAAAACUUGGGAAAUAUAGGUGAAAAGCUAGCUAUCAAAACUUUUUUAUGUUAAAUAAUCAAUGGGACAGUCUGUGGGUAAAAGGUAAAAAGUUAACAUUUGUCUUAUCACAAAAAUAACAUUUUUUAUUAAAAGAAAUAUUAAUAUAUUCAUAUUAACACAGUU